AUGGUCCCACGUGAUCAACCCUUAGCACUUUUUCUUGAGGCACCAGCUGUGCCGUCCUACAGACCCAGAAGGAUGGAUCUCAAUCCAUUCCCUCAACUGAUGAGAGGCAGAAGAGGUACAGGGGGAAUCAACCCCUUUGCCAACAAUGACAGGAAUAGACCGGGGACAAACUGGAGGAAUCAUCUAGAUUUUGAAGAAGAGGAAGAACACAGGGAGGAAGCUGUGCCCAGGCCAUACAGAAUAGAGCACAGGAUUGACCACGUCCAGCCAGAACAGGGACGAAAUCUACACCCUGUCAAUGCUUUAAAUGAUAUGGGGGCACUACAGAGAAUGAUCAGGGAGAUGAUGGAGUGUCGGACACACACAGAGUCUGGCUCGGAUUCCAAAGUAGAAUUUGGAUCGGGUCCUGUCGAAAGGCCCACCUACAGAAAGCCGUAUCCAACUUACAUUGAUCAAAUACCUCUAUUCCCGGGUUUCAAGGUGCCAAACUUCACCUUGUUCAACGGAGAAGAUCCCCAUGCUUCAUCAGUUGAGCAUAUAGGCAGGUUUUCUGUCCAGUGCAUAGCUAUAGAAAACAACCUUCUGUUAAAGCUAAGGCUUUUCGGGAAUUCUCUCUCUGAACAAGCCUUCACCUGGUACACUAGUCUACCACCUAACUCUGUUCAAACCUGGGAGCAAAUGGAAAAUGUUUUCCAUGAUAAUUAUUUCAGGAUCCAGCCAGAAGUCAUCAUCAGUGAUCUUGUUGCCCUCAAACAGAGUGAAGAUGAGCCUGCUUAG